GCGGGUACGAGCUCGGGCGGGCGGGACGGCGCGGACGGCGCCCCCUGCGGCCGGGCCUGGCCGGGCUGCGCUAGGCUGGGCUCGGGCAGGGUCGCAGGGGCGGGGGUGUGGCAGGGGCGCGGGUGGCAGUUCCGCGGGUCGCAGCGCCGCCGCCGCCGCCCAUGCUGCUGCCCCUGGCCUGCCUGCACGGCCGCGUCGCUCAGUGCCUGACCUCCCUGCUUUUGCUUGCAGAGCCGCUCCCGAGGCCCCGGCGCAGCGCGAGAGCGCGGGGCGCGGCGUCCACAGGCCCCGAGGCCGCCCCCGCCGCCCCGCCCGCGAAGAUGGCAGCGGAGCUCUACGCGCCCGCCAGCACGACGGCCGCAGACCUCGCCAACAGCAACGCGGGCGCCACCGCGGGCAGGAAAGCCGGGCCGUGCAGCCCGCCCAGCGCCCCCGCGCCCGCGCCGCCGCCGCCCGCGCCCGCGCCGCCCACACUCGGCAACAACCACCCGGAGAGCCCGGGCUGGCGGUGCUGCCGCCCCACGCUGCGCGAGAGGAACGCGCUCAUGUUCAACAACGAGCUCAUGGCCGACGUGCACUUCGUCGUGGGGCUUCCGGGGGCGACCAGGACGGUGCCUGCCCACAAGUACGUCCUGGCUGUUGGCAGCUCGGUCUUCUAUGCCAUGUUCUACGGGGACCUGGCGGAAGUCAAAUCUGAAAUUCACAUUCCAGACGUGGAGCCUGCAGCUUUUCUGACCCUAUUAAAGUACAUGUACAGUGAUGAGAUUGAUCUGGAAGCCGACACAGUGCUGGCUACGCUGUACGCUGCUAAGAAGUACAUUGUCCCAGCAUUGGCAAAAGCCUGCGUCAACUUUCUGGAGACAAGUCUGGAAGCCAAGAACGCCUGCGUCCUGCUGUCCCAGAGCCGGCUGUUUGAGGAGCCCGAGCUGACGCAGCGCUGCUGGGAGGUCAUCGACGCACAGGCUGAGAUGGCCCUGCGGUCCGAAGGCUUCUGUGAGAUAGACCGGCAGACACUGGAGAUCAUCAUCACUCGGGAGGCCCUCAACACCAAAGAGGCGGUGGUCUUCGAGGCUGUCCUGAACUGGGCCGAGGCGGAGUGCAAGAGGCAGGGGCUGCCAGUCACCCCACGAAACAAGAGGCAUGUUUUGGGACGAGCCCUCUAUCUGGUACGAAUUCCAACGAUGACCCUAGAGGAGUUUGCCAACGGCGCUGCCCAGUCAGACAUCCUGACUCUGGAGGAGACCCACAGCAUCUUCCUGUGGUACACCGCCACCAACAAGCCCCGCCUGGACUUCCCCCUGACCAAAAGGAAGGGCCUGGCCCCGCAGAGGUGCCACCGAUUCCAGUCUUCUGCCUACCGCAGCAACCAGUGGCGGUACCGCGGGCGCUGUGACAGCAUCCAGUUCGCAGUGGACAGAAGGGUAUUUAUUGCGGGGCUGGGCCUGUAUGGGUCCAGCUCUGGGAAGGCUGAGUACAGUGUGAAGAUUGAGCUCAAGCGGCUUGGGGUGGUUCUGGCUCAGAACCUGACCAAGUUCAUGUCAGACGGAUCCAGUAACACUUUCCCAGUCUGGUUUGAACACCCAGUCCAAGUGGAACAAGACACCUUCUACACGGCCAGUGCCGUCCUGGACGGCAGCGAGCUCAGCUACUUUGGGCAGGAGGGGAUGACGGAAGUGCAGUGUGGAAAGGUGGCCUUCCAGUUCCAGUGCUCCUCCGACAGCACCAAUGGGACGGGGGUCCAGGGUGGGCAGAUCCCUGAGCUCAUCUUCUACGCCUGAGGAGCCCCGGGGGGCCGCAGCAGGUCGGAGAGAGAGUAGAGGGAAUGUCAGAUGCUAACUGCUGCCCGACACCAUGCAAGCCACACUUCACCUUGUGUGUCUUUGGCAUGCAGUCAGCUGAAGCUUGAUUCUGGGAAGUAGACGCCUUUCCACACAGCCAGAGCCCAGGGAGUCCUGUCUUUGGCAUGUAGCCAGCUGAACCUUGAUUGUGGGAAGUGGAUGCCUUUUCCACACAGCCAGAGCUGGGGGAAUUGGGGUCUCAGGCAUCUCUGGUGUGCUGGGGUGCAUGUCUCAGGUGGAGGAAGAUUUAGGGCACAAGGCAGGCCCCAAGAUCCCAUGCCACCUGCUUUGAGGGGCUGGAUGUUCCUGCCACCGUCUUGGAUUCUAAGUGGCUCCAAGCUUAACUUGAGACCUUCCCUUUAAAUCUAAAAUUGGCUAAGUCACUUAAAAUAGUGGACUUGUGUAAUAAAGGUUGUCUAAAAUAA